GGUGUUGUGUCAUGUGAUAUCAAGUGGGCGUGACUUAGAGACGUUUUCCGGAAACAUGGAGGCUGUACUCAGUGAUGUUGUGGCUCCCGAGGACCUUAUAAAAUUUGAGAAGAAAUACAACAGCGAGCUGGUGAAGGGCACAGUUUCCAAAGAGACCAAGUUUGAAUAUGCCUGGUGUUUAAUCAGGAGCAAAUACAGCGAAGACAUCAAGAAAGGGAUUGUACUCCUGGAGGGAGUAUGAAAAGGCCUUGAAGUACAUCCGGACUCUUCUGAGGAACGAGCCGGGGAACAAGCAGGCUCUGGAGCUGGAGAAGCUCAUCGAAAAUGCUUUGAGGAAAGAUGGUUUGGUUGGCAUGGCGAUUGUCGGGGGGAUCGGCCUAGGUGUGGCGGGCUUAGCGGGCCUCAUCGGCUUUGCCAUCUCAAAGGGAGCUUCCAAAUCCUAACCAGGAUGUGAAACUUUACUGGACUCAUACACAAACCUGCAUAACAAACAAACAUUAAAGUGCUAAAAAAAUUUAACUCUAAAGGAUUUUCAAUAACUUGUUUUCAGACUUUAACAGUGAAUGGCAUUUUCUUCUGUUCACACAUUAAACCUUCUUUUUUUAGUGUUCUGUUAAAAUAAUAUAAACAUGAAAGCACUGAUGUGCUUCUGUAAAUGUUUAUUUAGUUUUGAGCUGAUGACUGAGUGUUUCAGCACAAACAGAUGGAAUCCAGCUGUUAAGAGGUCAGUGUUUGCAUUUAGUUAAGUUACUUUUAUAAUUCGUUUCAUGUAAUAUGUAAAGGAAUGUAACCCACUCAAAAGAAUUAAUCCUUGUUUUUGGGGUUAAACUAAUAUUUGCCUUUUGUUCUGUUUAAUCACUUUAUUUUACAUCUUAUUGAAUAAAACGACUGCAAGAAUAAUUCUGUUUUGGAGAAGUUGAA